AUGAAUUCCAAACCACUUAAAAUUGAUGCCAAAUUGAAUGCUAUUUAUGACAAAUAUAAAGACUCUAAUAACGAAAAUAAAAUUGAUAUAAAUGGAACAAUUGCAUACCUUGAAGACUUAGACUUCGAUCCGGAACACCCCAUAAGUUUAACAUUAGCAUUUUUCUUGGAAGCACCGUCCAUGGGUGUCUUUACUAAAGAAAAGUUUUUAUAUAAGUGGCAAAAAGAUAGGAUAAAUUCACUUAGUGGUAUGAGAGAUUUUAUUUUGAAGCUACACAAUAGCUUGGAAACCAAUGACAGCUUAUUUCAAGAACUUUAUAAUUUUACUUUCGGUUUCUUAAUGGAAGUACCAGGUCAAAGAUUGCUAAAUUAUGAGUUAGCAGUGGAUUACUGGAAAUUGCUUUUAAUGAAUAAAAAAGAAUUUGAACCUUGUUAUACUAGAUUAGAACAAUGGUUUGAUUUCAUAAUGAACGAAUACAAGCGAGGUUUAUCGAACGAUACAUGGAAAAUGUUCUUUCUCUUCAUUAAAACUAUUGCAUUAAAAGAUCCAUCGAACUUCGAAGACUACGACGAAAUGUCUGCAUGGCCUAGUGUUAUUGAUGAAUACAUUGAAUACUUGAAAGAAAAUAAAUUGUUGAAUUAA